AUGAAACCAACAACCAAUACGCAAUCAACAUUCAAUCCUGUCGCUGUUAUCGUACCAAAUGGCGCUAUCAAGGGACCUACCGACGAUCCAAACGACGGUCAUGCCACAACUCAAUGUGUAAUCGUUUUACCUGUUUUCACUUUUUUGCUUCAAUAA